CAGUCACAUGCACGACAUUCAAAUAUGGAUGCAUUUAUUCUGCACAGAUCCUCAGAUUAACCACAAGUUGCUUUCUGUUCUUAAAAUAGUCCAUAGCGUAUGACAAUACAUAAAGAACUAUACAUUAGGCUACCAUGACUAAACAUUUGUUGUACUGAGACCAGCAGGCAUGCACUUGCACUAUAGUUGCACUAGAAUAAUCCAAAUGUAAAAAUAGAGGCAUUGGUGGUUACAAGCAAGGGUGUUGCACAUACUGACUUAUGUCGUUAAGACGUAUAAAAGAGAAGAUUCAAACAUUCAAAAGUGUGAAUGUGUCUUGUCAGUUAUCUGACUGUUAUCUGUUAACCUAAUACCAUGUUUGCUCCCAUUAUGGGGAUGAAAGACUAAAAUGCAAACAUUUAAAGACUGCAUUUGAAUAGAAAAUGUUGAAAAUAUAAACAGGAGUAAAUGAAAUCAUGCAAUCAUGCAUGCCAUUGUUAACUUAGUUAUGGCACCUUUUUACUGGGUCACAUCUCUGUCCCCUUUAAACACAAUAUUCAUAUCAUUGUGCAGUUGUUGCAGACUACGCAUUUUAAAUGCAUGGCCAGUCCACGAAGGCAACAAAACGAAACGAUCCGUCUCAAUGAUUGAUUGUUUGGGCUAGAAAUUGUAAAUCUAUGUAAGCGUUCACACCACUGUUAAUCCGCGAAUGCGCAGUAAACGCCUCUAUUGUCUCCCAGCAGCGGCGAGCGAGUGAGCGGCGCGCACCGACGGAUCUGCGCUUGCAGGGGAGCGGUACACAUUGACCCGAAUCUCCGGGCAGACGAAGGGAGGACAAGCGGACCCAGUCGUGCACACUGGACGGACAUCAUGGCUGAUAUAUAUCGAGUCAUUGCUUUUUGAGCAAGAGAGAGAUAUUAAAGUACUGCGGAUCUGUUGUUGCGCUCGUCUCGUGUGAUUUUGGGCAGCCUGUCCUGUCAGUUGGUAAAAAGGGAACGUGUUGCGUUUUUUGCUUGAUUGAAAUACGCGACAUCGUGCCUUUGGCUUUAUCAUCAUCAUCAUCUCUUGUGAGUCAAGGGGAUUGACACUUUAGGUCCAUGGUUCGGCCAAGAAAAUGGGCUGUUGCGUCUGCGAGACCCAGCUGUUGUAGUCAGACUUGACAACCUCGAAUUUUAGCGCUUGUUUUGGUCGCUUGCUUGAAGGAGUCUCGAAAAGCGCCGCAGACAAGCGCAUCCGUGACAGCCUUCCCGCGACACCCCCGCCCAUUUCGGAGGAUACUUUUUUGAUGGGGGGCAAGCAGAGUACGGCGGGGCGUCCCCGGGGUGCUUUUCCCGGUGUAUCGACGGAUGAUAGUGCGGUGCCACCAUCGGCCCACUUCGGGCACUACCGGCCAGGUGGCACGAUGGGACUGCGUAGUCGCUCGGUGAGCUCUGUGGCUGGCAUGGGCAUAGAUCACAGCGCCACGGUGCCCUUCGGCUUUUACACCCCUAGGGGAACAGACUCGGACAGGGCUGGAGGGGGUUCUGGCUCGGAUUCGGCCCAUAACGGGAACGGGUUCCAAGAACCGGGCGGCGGGCACCACACAGACGGCAUGCUUUACCUGGGACCCCGCGCGUCGUUGGCGGACACGUUACCCCUGCACAUCGCGCCCCGGUGGUUUAGCCCGCACAGCGGAUUUAAGUGUCCUGUAUGCUCCAAAUCAGUGGCAUCCAAUGAGAUGGAAGUUCACUUCAUCAUGUGUCUGAGCAAGCCACGCCUCUCCUAUAACGACGAUGUAUUGUCAAGAGACGCCGGGGAGUGCGUAAUAUGUCUUGAGGAACUACAGCAAGGCGACACCAUUGCUAGACUGCCGUGCCUCUGUAUUUAUCACAAAAGCUGUAUAGACUCCUGGUUUGAGAUCAACCGCUCCUGCCCUGAACAUCCCUCAGACUGACUGUCAUCAUCUAGUUAUGCUACCACUGAGAAAGGGCACUUUAUGGACCUAAUCCUGGAUAUCCUGACACCAAAAUAACCAAGCGCAACAAUCUACAAACCAAUUUGAUCACACCUACAGGAAGCGGAAACGUGUCGUCGCGAAACUGAACCAAAAAGAAGAGUUCAUCCAGCCAACACUGUCAUUGCCACUCCCCAGAAACUCCUACCUGCUGUGUUAAGAGACUGCGUAAAUGCUACCAGGCCAAACAUGAUCACCAGAUCUCUGGCUUUUUGCCCCCUCUGUAUCAUCUGUGUACUUCUAGACAUGCGUUUGCAUUCACGCUCAGAUGAAUUUGUUAAUGGAAGGUGGGAGAGGGGCGGGGCAUAUAUGGGCGGGGCACAGGCAGCAUAACAAGGAAGUAGGAAGUAGCUCAUGCUUUGCGGUCGAUCCAGAGGCCAUAUUUGUCCUUUCCGUCAAAAUAUGCUGAUUAGAGGGGGCGUCGCUGGAGCUUCAAAUCGUCCAAUAAGGAGUUGUGGGUUUGGGGCGGGGUUUGAGGUGCUCAUGUGUGUUCGAUCAGUGGGUUGGGUCACUCUUUGUUGUUGGACGCCCGUUGGAUGUAGAUUAACUUAUUCUGUGCAUGCAUGUGCGUGU